UGGGUCUCUCUUUUAAUAGAGAAAAUAAUUGAAUUCUUUUGCUUUUCUCUUUCUCUAUUUUUUUUCAUAAUCAGACAAACAAACAAAAAAGCUGAAACCUUCCUUAAUCGUUCGUCUGUGUUUAUAAGUUCUUUUACGGGGUAUUUUCGGUAUUGAUUUUUUCUCAGUUAGUAUAUUUUUAAAAAGAUAUUUUGUGAAAAUUUUCUCCUUUUUCUCCUUUUUUCAGGUUUUAUUAUUAUUUUUUCUGGGGGUGAAGUUCUGGGCUUGGGGAUAUAGAGAUUUAAGGUUCUGGGUUUAUAGAAAAAAGAAAGAAAGGGUUUUGUGUGUGUAUAGAACCAAAGGUUAGAUUUUUAUUUAUUUUCUUGAAAAGGCAAAGAAAUGGCGGCAAGAGGAGUAGAAACAUCAACCGGUGGUGAGAUUAGUGAAGAGAGUGAUGAGAGAGGAAGCAUGUGGGAUUUGGACCAGCAACUUGAUCAGCCUAUGGAUGAAGAAGCUGGUCGCCUCAGAAACAUGUACAAAGAAAAGAAAUUCUCAGCGCUUCUGCUUCUGCAGCUUUCAUUUCAGAGUCUAGGUGUUGUUUAUGGAGACUUAGGAACCUCUCCUCUAUAUGUUUUCUACAAUACAUUUCCUCACGGGAUCAAAGACCCUGAAGAUAUCAUUGGAGCUCUCUCCCUAAUCAUUUACUCCCUCACACUCAUCCCUCUCCUCAAAUACGUUUUCGUUGUAUGCAAAGCCAAUGACAAUGGUCAAGGUGGAACAUUUGCUCUCUAUUCUUUGCUCUGUAGACACGCAAAAGUGAACACUAUCCCCAACCAACACCGUACAGAUGAAGAGCUUACAACUUAUAGCCGCACUACAUUUCAUGAACAGUCUUUUGCAGCACAGACCAAAAGAUGGUUAGAGAAAAAUCCCUCCAGGAAAAACUCUCUACUCAUUCUCGGUCUGGUCGGUACCUGCAUGGUUAUCGGCGACGGGAUACUUACUCCUGCUAUUUCUGUUCUAUCUGCUGCGGGUGGGCUCAGAGUAAACCUGCCUCACAUAAACAAUGGUGUGGUUGUUGUUGUGGCGGUAGUGAUAUUAGUGAGCUUGUUUAGUGUACAGCAUUAUGGAACAGACAGGGUAGGGUGGCUUUUCGCGCCUGUUGUGUUCCUCUGGUUUCUCUUUAUAGCAAGUAUCGGUAUGUACAAUGUAUGGAAACAUGACACGGGUGUUUUAAAAGCUUUCUCCCCUGUUUAUAUCUAUCGGUAUUUCAAAAGAGGUGGUCAAGAUCGUUGGACUUCUCUUGGAGGCAUCAUGCUUAGUAUCACGGGGAUUGAAGCUCUCUUUGCGGAUCUAUCUCACUUUCCAGUCUCUGCAGUGCAGAUUGCCUUCACUGUAAUUGUUUUCCCUUGCCUUCUCUUGGCGUAUAGCGGACAAGCUGCUUACCUUAGGAAGUAUCCACAUCAUGUUGAAGACGCGUUUUAUCAAUCCAUUCCAAAGAGUGUGUACUGGCCAAUGUUUGUGAUUGCAACCUUUGCUGCAAUAGUUGCAAGCCAAGCCACAAUAUCAGCGACCUUCUCGUUGAUCAAGCAAGCUCUCGCUCAUGGAUGUUUCCCGAGAGUUAAAGUGGUGCAUACUUCCCGGAAGUUUCUCGGUCAGAUAUAUGUUCCAGACAUCAACUGGAUCCUCAUGAUCCUUUGCAUAGCCGUCACUGCUGGAUUCAAGAACCAGAACCAGAUAGGAAACGCGUACGGGACAGCUGUUGUGAUCGUCAUGCUCGUGACAACGCUUCUCAUGAUGCUGAUCAUGAUACUCGUCUGGCGAUGCCAUUGGGUUCUAGUCCUCUUGUUCACCUUCCUAUCACUCGUUGUAGAAUGUACUUACUUCUCAGCUGUGCUUUUCAAAGUUAACCAAGGUGGCUGGGUUCCUCUUGUAAUCGCUGCUGCUUUUCUCAUCAUCAUGUACGUUUGGCAUUACGGAACACUCAAGAGGUAUGAGUUUGAAAUGCAUAGUAAAGUCUCAAUGGCUUGGAUUCUCGGUCUUGGACCUAGCCUUGGUCUUGUCCGUGUUCCAGGGAUUGGUCUUGUUUACACCGAGUUAGCUAGUGGUGUCCCUCAUAUCUUCUCUCAUUUCAUCACAAACUUGCCGGCCAUUCACUCUGUUGUGGUCUUUGUCUGCGUCAAGAACCUUCCUGUCUACACUGUCCCUGAUGAAGAACGGUUCCUUGUGAAAAGAAUCGGACCAAAGAGCUUCCACAUGUUCCGCUGCGUGGCCAGGUAUGGUUACAGAGACUUGCAUAAGAAAGACGACAAUUUUGAGAAACGGCUCUUUGAAGGCCUCUUCCUCUUCAUCCGCCUUGAGUCCAUGAUGGAAGGCUGCUCUGACUCAGACGAUUACAGCAUCUGUGAAAGCCAACAGCAACCUCGCAGAGACGGUCUUAAGAACUCGGAGACUUUUGAUACAUUUGAUUCUGUAGAGUCUGUUAUAGCACCUACUGUGGGGGUAACCAAGCGGACGAGCCACACGGUGACUGGUUCGAGCCAGAUGAGUGGAGGAGGAGACGAGUUGGAGUUUAUAAAUGGGUGCAGGGACGCAGGAGUGGUGCACAUAAUGGGGAACACAGUGAUUAGAGCAAGGAGGGAAGCGAGGUUCUACAAGAGAAUAGCCAUCGAUUACGUGUAUGCGUUUCUUAGGAAGAUUUGUAGAGAGAAUAGUGCUAUCUUCAAUGUUCCUCAGGAAAGCCUUUUGAAUGUUGGACAGAUUUUUUAUGUGUAAUGGUGUUUUCAUGUAAAGUGUUUAGACAUGAUUUGAUAGUAUGUUGCUAGAAAAUCUGUUUAAAGAUAACGAUCGUGGUGAAUGAUCAUUUGAUAUAAAACCAGUGGAGUUUGAGA